GCGCGGACAUGUCGGUGGCGUUCGCGGCCCCGAGGCAGCGCGGCAAGGGGGAGAUCACGCCCGCCGCCAUCCAGAAGAUGUUGGAUGAAAACAACCACCUCAUUCAGUGUAUAAUGGACUACCAGAAUAAAGGCAAGACGUCAGAAUGCUCUCAGUAUCAACAGAUGUUACACACAAACCUGGUCUACCUGGCGACGAUAGCAGACUCCAAUCAGAACAUGCAGUCGCUUUUACCAGCUCCCCCCAGCCAGAACAUGGCCCUGGGAUCCGGCGGGGUGAGCCAGGCGGGCCCGGCGGCGGCGGCGGCGGCGGCGACCCGCCCCCACAGCCUGCCCGCGGACGGGAUGGGAGCCAGCGCUCUCCCCACCCCUCACAUGCAGGCGCAGAUGAACGGCCAGAUGCCCGGGCCCAACCACAUGCCUAUGCAGGGACCCGGACCGAAUCAACUGAAUUUGACCAACAGUUCCAUGAACAUGCCGCCCGGGAGCCACGGGUCCAUGGGGGGUUAUAACCACUCGGUGCCAUCCUCUCAGAGCAUGCCGGUGCAGAACCAGAUGACCAUGAGCCAGGGGCAACCGAUGGGCAACUACGGGCCAAGACCAAACAUGAACAUGCAGCCGAACCAAGGCCCGAUGAUGCAUCAACCUCCUCCUGCGCAGCAGUACAGCAUGGCCCAGGGCGGAGGCCAGCAUUACCAAGGCCAGCAGCCGCCCAUGGGCAUGAUGAGCCAAGUCAACCAAGGAAAUCACAUGAUUGGGCAGAGGCAGAUGCCCCCUUACCGGGCACCCCAGCAAGGCCCUCCGCCCCAGCAGUAUUCCGGCCAGGAGGAUUAUUACGGGGACCAGUAUAACCACAGCGGAGGACAAGGCCCUCCGGAUGGCGUGAGCCAGCAAUAUUACGCCGACGGUCAUAAUGGUUACGCUUAUCAGCAACCGUCGUAUCCUGAACAAGGCUACGAUAGGCCUUAUGAGGAUUCCUCACAACAUUACUACGAAGGAGGGAAUUCCCAGUACGGACAGCAGCAGGAUGCGUACCAAGGCCCCCCUCAGCAGCAGGGAUACCCACCGCAGCAGCAGCAGUAUUCCGCUCAGCAGGGCUACCCCGGCCAGCAGCAGGGCUACGGUCCUUCUCAAAGUGGCCCAGGUCCGCAGUACCCCAAUUACCCGCAGGGACAAGGCCAGCAAUAUGGGGGCUACCGGCCCGCCCAGCCCGGACCCCCGCAGCCACCCCAGCAGAGGCCUUACGGAUACGACCAGGGUCAGUACGGAAAUUACCAGCAGUGAAAAAGAACUUACAUUCCAGUAGCCAGAAUCUAUCAGCAGCAGCCAUAUCGUCACCUCAGCACUGUGGACAACCCCCUAUGAAGAAAACCUUCCAUUCCAUCUGGUCUUUGGGAAGACAAACAACAACAAAAAAAAAAAGAAAAAAAAAGCUUGUGAAUAAACGGCUGUUUUUCGGUAAGCAGCUUCGAUGAGCUAGUUCUAAAAGGCUACCCACCGUCUCUCCAGAAUACUCCGAUUUCACUCUCCACUCUAGAUGGCAUCCUUGGACAGAAAAUACCGCGCCGGAACAACCCAUUUGCAAUGAUUUCCGAACCGUGUCUCAAAUGGACGGUUGCAGGCUGAAAGGUGUGAACGGCUUUGUAUGUUUAUGAAGGUUAUGGGAAUUUCAUAUUUUUCCACAGAUUCUUUUGUAAGGGGCAAGGGGAAAGGCACACUUUUUACAGCAGCAAUAUUUUGUAUAACCGUGUUCCGUUCAGGCAGCGAAUAUGCAAGGCAGUGCGUAUUUCACCGGGCAGGUCGAGAGCCCUUCCGUCGAUGCGGAUCGGGGUGUGGUAAAUGGGGAUGCCGGGGUGCCCCAUAAGGAGAGAGGCAGAAAGGAAGCAGACCCCAGGCCCACCUGUAGGUCCUCGGGCUGGAAAUGUCGACUCCUCCGUCCCCGUCAGAUCGAUAAACGCGGGGCGGUGCCGUCUUGAACAUAAGAAUACUUUUUUUUUUUUAAAAAAAAAGAAGCUUUCCUGUUUUUUGGAGAAAAGCAUUUUUGUACAAAGGGUUUAUUAUAAAGUUUAGAAAGGGCGGUCCUGAGAACCGCCUCCGGGCGGGAGCUCCGACAGCGUCCUCACAACUUGCCCUCCGCGGAACCGGCCCCGUCCCUCCUACAGCAAUAACCAAAACCGGAGGUCUCCUUUUCGCCCCGUUGGAAUAAGCGAGGACUCACGUAAACAACGUCCGGACGUUGUUAGCUGUUACUGGCCGAAGAAUCUGGGCCUAACAAAAUAGCGUAGACUUUGGAAACCUUUAUCUCAACUUUCUUACCUGGGAGUGAUUUCUUUAAGAGGGGGAAUUUUUUUUUUUCUUUUUUCCCUACCCGAUGCGUUUUCCCACCGGUUCCGGGACGGAUGAUAAGAAGACGUGGAGCGGUUAGGUCCGGUCCGGGCUUAGGCGGUGAACCCCGUUCAUGCGGAGGGGGUGGGGUGGCUGAUGGCCGCCGACCUCUGUCCCGGUGCCCGGGGACAGCUACAGCGUGAGGCGACCCGAGUCAGAGGUUGGCAGCCAGACGUGGUCCGGAGAUAGGACCGCAGGCACGUGGACGUCCUCGACGGCAAUCGGUACGGGAGGACGGAGUGAGAAACCCAAACCGGCCCACCGAUAAACUAGCCGGGCCAAGCGGCCUCUGCCUCGGGAGCGGGAUCGAUUAUUUGGCAUCCAAGGAGGCCUUUGCCCUUCUAACAGGAAAGAAACCGAUGUCAAGCGUAUAGCAUCCGGACCAGUUCAGUCUACACUUCGGAGGAGCCGCGUCAAUUCGCCCGUUGUUUUGUAAGGGGAGGACAAUUUUCUUUUGAGUGAAGUUGGUCAGUCGAAAAUGCACAUCAAGGAGUGAACAGAUAAAGCAGGGAACAUCACAUUAGUGUGAUUGAAAUGCCAGUAGGUUCCGUGCCAAUUUCCCACCACUGUGUACUUCAUUGCUAUUUAAAACUGUAUCAACUCUAACGGAAGAAUAAAUUAUUUGUGAUUUUAAUUUU